UGCCCGCAGGCGUGCCCCAUGAACAGCCACGUGCCCGGCCGCAGCGGGCGCUCCGUGCAGGAGAUAUGGGAGGAUUUCUCGCUCAGCUUCACCCCCGCCGUCCGCGAGGUCGUCGAGUUCGCCAAGCACAUUCCCGGCUUCCAGGCGCUUUCCCAGCACGACCAAGUCACCCUGCUCAAGGCUGGCACCUUUGAGGUGCUGAUGGUGCGUUUCGCGUCGCUGUUCGACGUGAAGGAGCAGACGGUGACGUUCAUGAGCCGCACGCGGUACGGGCUGGAGGAGCUCUGGGCCAUGGGCAUGGGAGACCUGCUGGGGGCCAUGUUCGACUUCAGCGAGAAGCUCAGUGCCCUGGAGCUCAGCGACGAGGAGCUGGGGCUCUUCACCGCCGUCGUCCUCGUCUCAGCAG